AUGAUGGCGUUUUACACCGGCCUGUCCCGGGUGUCAGACCACAAGCAUCACCCCACCGAUGUGCUGGCUGGCUUUGCACAGGGAGCCCUGGUGGCUUACUGUGUGGUGUUCUACGUCUCAGAUCUCUUCAAGCCCAAGAUAAAGACUUGCCUGCCUCCACCACCCAUCCGGAAGGAGAUCCUUUCACCUGUGGACAUCAUUGAGCGAAAUAACCAUCACAAUAUGGUGUAGACCUUCAAGAAAUCAGAUGGAUGUUGUAUUUUAUUUUAACUUUUUUUUUUUUUUUGCAAAAAAUGACUGCUGACAGCAACUACCUGCUGCUCUCAAAUCUCAUCAGACAGUAGAAUGUAGGGAGAGACUUUCUUGCCUGACCAGUAAAGUCUUGCUCUGUGGUCUUUUCAACUUGUGACAUUUGGAUGACAGGGGUGGUGGUCAACUAAGUCAAAAGUGACAGUGGGAAAGAAGGAAAGAAAGAACAAAACCGCAAUAGACAAAAGCCGAACAAACAAAGAGAGGUGCCGGAGUUCUGGAUGUGCAAUUGGUUUGAGUGUUCAUGUUGUAGUGAACGCCAAAUUGUUCAUAGCCUAAUGAACACUAAGGGAUUUUUGGAAAGCUGGCCAUCUUUAGAUAUUUUUUUUUUUUACUACGAAGAUUUUCCAAUGCCUGCGAGAAAAAAAAACCCAAACAACUCAUGACUAAAUGGUAUAGCACUAUAUACGAGAAACAGCACUGAGUCAAGAUCUGGGGUUGGUUUGUAAGAGUUGCUUUUUUUUUCUCUUUUUGAUAGUAGUUUAUUUUUUGCCUCCUCUAUUCCAUACUGUGACUUAGUUUAGAAGAAGCUUGCCUAGUCCAAGGUCUCUGAAGGGUCUCUGGUCACACUACACACCUUUA